AUGCCGACGCUCUCAGGAAUUCUGUCAACCAUGUACUUUGAUAUCAACAGCUUGCUAAUCUUCCAGAACAUUGUACAAAACGUGCCAGAUUAUGUGGUCAUGACAGUCUGGCAGAACCAGAUCGACGAUACCAAAGAUGUCGUUCACCCCGAAGUAUUAACCGCCGUCGAGAAAUACCAGAAACUUGAGAAUGCCGCCGCAGACAAAGAAAACGGCCUCAACAGACUGUAUCAGUUGUAG